AUGCUCCUCCCAAAGCUCCUUGCGACCGCCCUCCUCCUCCUCACCUCCGCCUCGGCCGCUCCCAGUCCUGUCGAACAACGAGACACCAAGUACUUCCACGAGCCCGGCUUCGACGAUUCCCUGGGCCACUAUGAUGUCCGCUACUACAGGGGCGAGCCCGUCUCCUACGAGGAAAAGUCCGAUUCCCUCCACCACCUCAUCCGCUCCUACCUCAUCAGCUUUCGCGAGCGCAACAUCGAGACCUGGAUCGCCCACGGCACCCUGCUGGGCUGGUGGUGGAACGGCAAGAUCAUGCCCUGGGACUGGGAUCUCGACGUCCAGGUCUCGGGCUGGACUCUGACCUGGCUGGGCGAGAACCUCAACAUGACCAUGCACAACUACACCUUUGUGGCCGAUGACGGCUCCGAGGUCCAGCGCGAGUACCUCCUCGACGUGAACCCGAACCACAUCGAGCGCGUGCGUGGGGACGGCCAAAAUGUGAUCGAUGCCCGCUGGAUCGACGUCCGCAAUGGCUUGUUCAUCGACAUCACGGGCCUGAGUGAGACGAACCCGUCGACACAGCCGGGCGUCUGGAGUUGUAAGAAUCUCCACCGCUACCGGACGCGGGAUCUGUACCCGUUGCGCGAGACCAUCUUCGAGGGCGUCCCGGCUUCAGUGCCAUAUUCGUUCGAUCGGAUCCUGACGCAGGAGUACAGCGAGCGCGCGCUGACCAAGACGUUUCAUGAGGGACAUCGCUGGAUGCCCGAAUUAAAAGAAUGGGUCAAGGUCACAGUGGCAGGACCGCCAAGAUCCCCGAUGACCAAUGCUAGACCGCACGUCCCUCGUAGUCUCGAACCGAGACAGCGGUCAGGCUUAGGGAAUUUGCUGCGUCUGUUCUGA